AUGGCGGUCCAUUCCGCCGCCGUUGUGGUAGAGAGGGCCAGCAAGUUCUAUGGCAGGCCAAACAAACCCGACUUCAAACCAGUCCUCAAAGAUCUAGACAUGGUGGUUGAAAGAGGUAUUAUAUAUGGUCUACUUGGACCUUCAGGAUGCGGUAAGACCACACUAUUAUCCUGCAUAGUAGGUAGAAGGAAACUGGAUAGCGGUAAUAUCUACGUGCUCGGUGGAAGACCAGGGGAAAAGGGCAGUGGAGUCCCUGGCCCUAGGGUUGGGUAUAUGCCUCAGGAUAUAGCCCUCGUAGGAGAAUUCACAGUUCGCGAUGCGAUAUACUACUUUGGCCGCAUCUACGGUAUGGAGCAGAAAAAAAUGGUGGAACGCUUCGAAUUCCUCAGAACAUUACUCGAAUUGCCCAGCGGUGGACGACUGAUAAAGACGCUCUCGGGAGGGCAACAGAGAAGGGUUUCGUUAGCAGCUGCCUUGGUACAUGAACCUGAACUUCUCAUAUUGGAUGAACCGACUGUGGGAUUGGAUCCAGUGCUGAGAGAACGGAUAUGGGAUUUCCUUGCUGAGUGUGCUCGUGGAGGAGCCUCAGUCAUCAUCACGACACACUACAUUGACGAAACAAAGCAGGCACACAAGAUUGGUCUACUUCGCGAUGGACAGCUCCUCGCCGAAGACUCACCUGAAGAGCUUCUACGUAAGUUUGACUGCGAUACGCUCGAAGAUGCUUUCCUAAAGCUGGCGCUUCUGCAGCACGAUAUGCCUCCUAGGCGACGGCCCACGCUGACAUCUUCCUCACCCGACGUAAUCCCGAACAGUGCACCAGGCGUGGACAACCUUUACCACUCCAGGGACGAUUUCCCCACGAUCACAAGUAGUACAGAUGUGUUAACAAAAAAGGAAAAAAGUCCUAAAGACAGCAAGAGAUUAUCGCAGUCUAGAUAUAAGGCUGUCUUUAUUAAGAGCAUACAGCAGUUCUCAAGGCAUCCAGGAGGUCUAAUAUUCUCGAUCCUGUUUCCCAUAAUUCAAGUGGUGGCGUUCUUUUCCGCGGUGGGACACGAUCCAAGGGAUCUGCAUCUCGCUGUUGUUAACGAUGAAGCCAGCUUUUCGCCAUAUGGUCUAGCCAUUUGCAGGAACAGCAGUCUUCAGCCGGCGACACAGAACUUCAAGGACGAUACUUGUGACGUGUACAUGCUUAGCUGCUGGUUCUUAGAAGAAAUGGAGAAAAGGAAAUUAUACCCUACGCCGUACAAUACAUCAGAAGAAGCCAAAACAGCUGUCGCCACCGGUAGACUGUACGGAGCCAUUCGCUUCUCUCGCAACUUUAGCUACGCUUUAGGUAGGAGGGUUGCAGAAGGAGAAGUAGAAGAUGAUAUCGUGGACGACAGCAGUGUCAACGUUUGGUUGGAUAUGACUAAUCAUCAAAUAUCAAACUUUAUAAAGACCCAACUUCACAAGACGUACGAGAGUUUCACCCGGCGUACCAUGAUCGCUUGCGGCAGGCACGAGAACUUAAUACAGAUUCCUGUACAUUUUCAAAAGCCGGUGUAUGGCAAGAGUGAACCCCAAAUUACCAGCUUCAUGGCACCUGGUAUCCUUAUUACAAUUAUCUUCUUCCUGUCGGCGGUGGUGACGUCGACGCUGAUGAUCACGGACCGGCUCGAGGGCGUCUGGGAGCGCAGCGCCGUGGCCGGCGUCAAACCGCGAGAGAUGCUCAACGUGCACAUCACCUUACAGUCUGUUGUCAUACUGUUACAGACAGUAGAAAUGAUGGCGUUAGCCUUUGCUGGCUACGGGAUCCCUUCGGAAGGGUCCAAGCUGGUCUGUGGCAUACUGCUCUUCCUGCAAGGUAUCUGUGGCAUGUGUUACGGGUUCUUACUAUCCGUGUACUGCUCGAGUCAUACCAUGUCGUUCUUCGUAGCUACUGGAAGCUUCUACCCUAUGAUACUGUUAUGUGGUAUCCUAUGGCCUAUAGAGGGUAUGUCAACUGGUCUAAGAUAUAUCGCCCUUACGCUCCCUUUCACGAUACCCUCAAAGUCCUUGAGAGAUGUCACGGAAAAGGGAGCUUCAAUAACCGAACCGUCCGUCUAUCACGGAUUUCUGGUCACAAUAGCAUGGAUAGUGAUCACCCUAGCUUUAAUAUACCUUAGAUUAAGAUUAAAGAAAACGUAG